CUCAAUAUGGUUCUGCCAUUGAUUUUGACUUUGGUGAUAGUUGCUCCGAUAUUUUUAUGGAUGUAUUCCUGGUACAUUUCAGCAAUACCGAAGCACUAUGUUAAGCCUGGUACCAAGCUUCAAAAGAAGGUUCAUUCGAAUUUAAGGAUUUUGGAGCAAAAGUACCAUCCUAGUUGGUGGUGCCCCUUUGGCACGACUCAAACCGUAGUACGACAGAUAUUCCGGGAUUGUCCAUCGCUACCAUUUACAAGAGAAAUAGUAGAGUUCGACGAUGGUGGUGCAGCUGGAAUAGACUGGUUGAUCCCUGAAGGUGCUGAUGACACCACCCCAAUUGUCGUUUUCUUGCCGGGAAUCACAGGAAGUACUCAUGACAGCAGCUACGUUCUCCAUCCUGUCAAAGAAGCAAGAGAUAAGGGCUGGAAGUGUGUGGUCGUGAACCCACGAGGACUUGGUGGUGUUAAGCUGAGAACUACUAGGACGUACAAUGCCGCCACUCCACAUGAUUUUGCGUUCAUUGCUAAGAUGAUUAAUGAAAGAUAUCCGGAUGCAAAGAAGCUGGGAUGCGGGUUUUCCAUGGGAGGAAUGAUUCUCUGGAACUAUCUAGCGAUGACUGGAGAAAAUGCAGAUCUGGACGGAGGCAUGAUUGUUUCUUCUCCGUGGGAUCCCCUUGUUGCUUCUGAUUCUAUUGAAUGCUUUAUUCCACAACUUAUUUUCAACAGCUUUAUUGCAAAGAACUUGGUAGAUAUGGUGAGACCGUACCGCGAGCUAUUCAAAGAUAUGGUGGAUUUUGACGAAGUGUGCAGAUGCAAUACGGUUAGAGGGUUUGAUCGAUCUUUUGUGAUUCCCAUGUAUGGGUUCAAGAGUUGCGAUGACUAUUACAGACAGGCUACUUUGGCGACAAAGGUAGACAAAAUCAAGAUUCCAUGUGUAACACUGAAUUCUGUUGAUGAUUAUUUCAGCCCGGUGGAAUGCAUCCCUACAUUAGAUAUAAUGGAGAGCGACUACGUUUGCGGUAUUAUCACCAAUCACGGAGGACAUACUGCUUUCAUGGAGUCUGCUGAUCCAAAUGCGCGCGGAAUGGUGGAAAAGUUGCUCUCGCAAUGGGGAAAUAUGAUCUUCCAUGAUUAUUCAUGAGCUUUGAUGGAUUGUGCAAUGUUUUCAAAUUAUACGUAUUAUUUUUGUAUUAUUAGGACUAUUACACUUUUUGAACAAUAUCAGGUUUUUCAGUACAUCCCGGUUUUUUAUUAUUAUUGUGAUUUUAAUUUAAUUUUUUAAAUGUGCAAAGAGUUAAUGGUUGCAGAUAUGACUAGAUGAAACUCUUUUUUUGUCAAAUAAAAACUUCAAACACG